UUCCCUCUGCCAAAGUCCUGACAGUGCUUUGCGAAGUCCCUGCCUGCCCUACACAGCUACUUUCUCAGCUUUCUGCUUUCUUGCUUUGGAGAAGAGGACAAACACCACGUCCAGGCGCUUCUGGUCGUCCCGAAAGAAAUCCCGCAGCUGCCGAUUUGUCCCCCAGUGGCUUGGGCCGGAGCAAGGCAAAGGGCUGCAAGGCAGGGCGGGCGUCGGAUUGGGCGCGAGCGGGCGCCUGAGCUCAGCCCUCCCCAGCGCUACUGCUUACCGCCGCCCCCGAGGCCGGCGUGGAAUCAAGUCGUGGCGAGCAAGGCUUGAGGAAGGCGGCGGCGGCGGCUUCCGCAACGAGCAAAAGAGGCGGUACUUUACUCUCCGGAGACAAGAAGGCUAACAUGCUACCAGACUCUAAAACGCUUGGGGAGAGGGAUCCCAAAGAAGACCCAUCUGUCACUCUCUUCCGGGAGUAUCUGAGAAUCAAGACAGUCCAGCCUCAGCCUGAUUAUGAAACGGCAGUAAAAUUCCUGGAAAGAAUAGCUUCUGAACUCGGUCUACGGUGUCUAAAAGUGGAGGUCUGCCCUGACCGUGUGAUCACCAUUCUGACUUGGAAAGGCACAAACCCACAACUCGGCUCCAUCUUACUGAAUUCUCAUACAGAUGUUGUUCCUGUGUUUGAGGAAUAUUGGCAGCAUGAUCCUUUUUCAGCUUUCAAGGACUCUGAGGGAAAUAUCUAUGGACGGGGAGCUCAAGAUAUGAAAUGUGUAUCUAUCCAAUACCUAGAAGCCAUACGGAGGCUGAAAGCUGAAGGAAGACAUUUUCCACGAACCAUUCAUAUGAGUUUUGUCCCAGAUGAAGAGAUUGGGGGCCACAAGGGGAUGGAAUUGUUUGUGAAGACUCCUGAGUUUGCGGCACUUAAUGUUGGCUUUGCCCUGGAUGAAGGCCUGGCAAACCCAACAGACACUUUCACUGUUUUCUAUGGGGAGAAAUGCCCAUGGUGGAUUAAAGUGAAAGUAGAAGGGAAUCCAGGACAUGGAUCCAGAUUCAUUGAGAAUACAGCUGCUGAAAAGAUGCACAGAGUGAUCACUUCUUUCCUAGAAUUCAGAGAACAUGAAAAACAAAGAUUGAAAUCAGAGGGACAUCUCACUUUAGGAGAUGUAACAUCUGUGAACCUGACCAUGUUGAAUGGAGGCGUAUCAUUCAAUGUGGUCCCCUCUGAGCUCUCUGUUGCCUUUGACAUCCGAAUCCCUCCCACAGAGGACUUAAAGGCAUUUGAGGAGCAACUGGCAUCUUGGUGCAAAGCUGCUGGAGAAGGUGUUACAUAUGAGUUCCAGCAGAAAUACAUGGAUCAGACAGUUACCUCCACAGAGGAAUCUGAUCCCUGGUGGAAGGCAUUCAGUGACACCUGCAAAGACAUGAAUAUGAAGCUGAAGUGUGAGAUCUUCCCUGCUGCCACUGACAGCCGCUACAUCAGAGCAGCAGGUCGCCCUGCAAUUGGCUUUUCCCCCAUGAACUACACGCCUGUGCUGCUGCAUGACCACAACGAAUUCCUGAAUGAGCAGGUCUUCCUUCAUGGGAUUGAGAUCUAUGCUCAUCUCAUCCCGGCACUGGCCAGUGUCCCUCCUCUGCAAGCAGAAGCCUGAGAUCCUAGCAGAAGGCAGUGAUUUGGUGUGUCUGGUAGUGGUGGUAGGGGAAUUGGGGAGAAAAACCAAAGAAAUUGAGAAAGGACACUAUGAUAUUGUGACCAAGGACUUACGGUGCCUGAUCAUCUGUGUUUUGCCAAGAGGAAGUGGAAUUCUAGCAUCCCUGGAUGUUACACAAGAGACAAAGCAAACUAGCAGCAUCAGUUAAUGCAACCACAUGUAAAUUAGGGUCUUAUUGAUGUCAAUGAUUUUUUCUCUGCUGCAUACUAAUGAAUGUAGAGACUCUUCUUCUCACAAGUCCAGAUGGAAAACCACUUUUUUUUUCUACUAACAAUUUCUCCAUUUGGAGAUAAAAGGAUAGUCUUCGUGGCUUCUAAAUCAGCAAAUUCUAAGGACCAGUUUCUCACUACUGAAAUGCAGUUGAACAGGAAAAUAUUACUGUCAUAUUAAUUGUCUUCCUGUGACUACCAUACCAUUUUGCUGUGUAGUGGUUUUUUUUUUAAGAAAAAGAACAUCAUUUACAUUGAUAAAUCCAAGGAGAAAGCAAAAUAGAUAUGAAGACCCUGAAAUCUUGAGACAUUGGGGGUCAGGUGAGAGUGCUAUUUAGGCUGAUGGGGUUGACGUGAAAUUAUUCUUUGUUCUUUUGCUUUCUCUGGCAUGCCUAGUACUACUAUGGAAGACCAUCUCAACACUUAUGUAGAAUUCUACAACAGAGAAAAUUUUUCCAACUCUGCUAUAAUAUUGAGCAUUUUUUCUUAAUUUCCCUAUUUGUAAAAGAGAAUCAGCUAUGACACUUACUCUUUGGCCCAUGAGUCCUUUCAGAGGAAAAAAUGUUUUGAAAGUAAAUGAAAGGGAAUUUAGCAUAGCAAUAGCACUUAGACUUAUAUACUGAUUCACAGUACUUUACAGCCCUCUAAACAGUUUACAGAGUCAGCAUAUUGCCCCCAACAGCCUGGGUCCUCAUUUUACUGACCUAGGAAGGAUGGAAGGCUGAGCCAACCUUGAGCCAGUCAGGAUCGAACUGCAGUCAGCUGAAUUAGUCUUCAAUACUGCAUUCUAACCACUGUGCCACCACAGCUUUUUAUUAAAUAAAGUUUAACUACAGUGAGAGACCAAGAUCUUGAAGGAGGAGUUAAGAAUUAAUACAACCUGUUUAGGAACUUUCUUCCCUACUCUACUACCUUAUCCCACAGGAAGAUGGUGAUGUCCCUGAAUUUUUGCUCCUUGAGGAUUCACUAGCAGUAUGGCUGACUGCCUUAAUUAUCUACUCAACCUGUAUUUCAGCUAAUUAUAUAUGAAUGCCAUUUGGAUUGUUUGAAUGCCAAACUUAAAGGGUGAAAUGGCGAUUAUCCCACCAAUAGCAUAGAUGACUUUUCUCCCAAGAAUACCUUGGGUAUUGGCACUAUAUCAGAAUGGUGUAUCCUUUCCUUUGAGGCAUUCUUUUCCAAACUUUAACUGGAAUUCUGAAAUAUUAAAGACAGUCAGUAAAGGUUAUUGGUUUAAGACAAAGAGAAACUUUCAACCACAUUGCCUUGAAUUGGAUGCAUUCUCUAAAGAAUUUGUUAACAUACACCUGCCUCUUGAAUAUUAGCUAUGUUUCCACCACCCCCUCACAGCCUUGGCAAACCAUCCCAUGAAAGAGGUAUUUUCCCCAGUUUUAUAUAAGAUAAUUAAUUCAGAUUGGAAAGUGAGAGAAAUUCUCCAGAUAUCAUAUUGGCAUAUUUUAUCUCAGGUUCUCGUCAUCCAACUUGUCAUUUGUAACAAAACCUGAAUUUCUUCCAGAAGGAUUAUUUUUCACACACUGCUGUAAUGGUACACUUUCUCUUUUUAAUAUUGGAUAACAUCUGUUAGAAACAUCACUCCUUUCUAGUGUCAUAGAGCAACAGGGAAUAUGGAAAUUUCCCCCCUUUAUUAGUAGUCUAUUAACCACAAGUGAUUUUUAAUAUGAAACUGAAGCACUGGUAAGAACACUGUGAUUUGUCUUAUUAUGUAUACAAUAAUAAUCUGUAAAAUUUACUGUGAAAAUAUAAAUGCUUUGUAAAAGUCUUGUGUCCCAAAAUGUUCAGGUGUGAAAAUUGGGCUAAAUCAGGAUUCUUUUAAAAGCCUAGGGAAAAAGCCUAACUCAUGGAUUUUUAAAGUUCUGUAUAGUUUUGUACAAUCUUACUUGGUAGAAAGUCCUGUUGUGCUCUGUUGUGUUUUGGUAAACAUGCACCGAAUUGUUGCAUAUGUGGAUGUGGAAAUUUUUUAGAUGAAAUUUCUCCUUUGGAGAAAUGACACUUCCACAGAAGUCUAUAGUGUCAAAAUUUUGUUUAGAGUUGCUUUUUGUUUGUUCUGUUUGCCAUGUUUCAGGAUGAAUUGCUUCUCUUAGUUAAGUUUGGCUGAAAAGAGAAAUAACAGGACUAUAUAUGAUUAUUAGAUUGAUAACUAGGAACUUGAACAGAAAGCUGCUUAUGGGCUUCCAAGAGGUUUUCAGUGCUCUUUGAUCCAAUAGAACCUAUUGAGGGAGGUGGGGGGUGGGCAGCAUCUUGUCUCACAUAAAUUUAAAUUGCCCCUGCCCACAUGAACAAAAUGCAGUGGUGAAAUCUAAAUUUCUUUCCUACCGGUUCUGUGGGCGUGGCUUUAUGGGGGGUGUCAUGUGGCUGGGUGGGCAUGGCUAUGUGACUGGCGGAUCAAAAGACAGAAACUCAGUAAUAAUGUCCUGCUGGAGCAGGGUUGGACUAGAUGACCUCCAGGUCCCUUCCAGCCCUGGAUUAUCUUCUGAAGCUGCAUCUAGUGCCAGGUUUGUAGUCCUUCCUUUUUCUCCUUUCUUUCUUCCUUCCUUCCUUCCUUCCUUCCUUCCUUCCUUCCUUCCUUCCUUCCUUCCUUCCUUCCUUCCUUCCUUCCUUCCUUCUUCCCUCCCCUCUCACCCCGACCCCUCAUUUUUUGCCUACACUCCCCCCAUUUUUUGCCCAACAGGCUUCAGCUUUUUAAAAUGCUUUUAAAAGUAAAAAAAAAAAGCCUCUGACGAUCAGUCACCUCAGCUGGGAUUGACGGAGCCUUGUUUUAAACCUUUAAAAGCAUUUUUUACAAUCUCUUUGGCUGAAGAGGUUGCAAAAAAAAUGCUUUUAAAAGUUAAAAAAAAGGCUCUGACCAUUGCAUGGCUCAGCUGGGCAUAGGAGGGAGGGCAGGGAUUUUUGCUACCAGUUCUCCGAACCACCCACUGCCAUUGCUACCGGAUCGACUGAUCCAGUCUGAAACGGGAGCAUUUCACCCCUGACAAAACCGUAUAGUUCAUACUAAGGAUUAUAGCAACGCUUUUCAAAGUUGGCAACUUUAAGAUGUGUGUACUUCAACUCCCAGAAUUCCCCAUGUUAAAAUUUUCUUGGCAAGAUUUCAAAAGUGGUUUGCCAUUGCCUGCUUUCAAGGGCUGAAACAGAACGAUCUGUGCAAGGACAUCCAGCUGGCUUUGUGCUUAAGUUGUAACUAGAACGUCCACCUGUCUUCUGGUCCUAGUCUGGUGUCUUAACCACUGUAACAAACUAGCUAUCGUAUGUCUCCUCAACAGCACAGAAAGACUGUUUUUCCACAGACAGAAACCUACAACAUGUCAUAAAUAGCUGUCAGCACAUGAUAUAACUUAUUUUUAGUUUCUAUAAAUGUCAACAAAAUCAGCUAUAUAAAACUUGUAUAUCAGAUAUGUGGGAGCAGCAGACAUUAUCAUUUCACUCUGUCUUUUUCCUCAGCAGACUGUGAAUAUGAGAGUUUAAAAGGAACUCCUGGUCUUUUUAAAUCAGGUGCUCUUUGCUGUCCUUCCUAGCUGAGCCUACAUAGAAAUGUAUUCAAUCUUGGAAAUAUUUUUCCCCAGUUUAUAUAUAGAGGUGAUUUUAAGAAAAAAAAAUACAAUUAAUAAAUCAAAACUUACUCAAAUUUUAAAGUUAGAUUUGUAUGCUAACUUGGGAGAUGCAAACUCAGCAGGUGGUAACAUUUUGACUUAUUGGAAUUCCGAAGCAAAGCACGGCUGGGACCUGGUUGGCAUUUGAUAGGAGACUAAUGAGGAAUUCUAGGAUUGUAGGCUUGUCUGGGAACUCAAACCCAUCACCCUAAAAAGGUAGUGGCAGACCAUUUACAAAACUAACAUGCCUACAGGUAAUUCUCAAUUUAUGACCAUAAUUGGGACUGAAACGUCUCUUGCUAAGCAAUGCAUUCAUUAAGUGAAUUGGACCCAAUUUUGUGACCUUUUUUCUGGGAUCAAGUGAAUCACAUGAUUGUUAAGUGAACCUGGCUUCCCAAUUGACUUUGCUUGUCAGAAGCCCCCUGGAAAGGUCACAAACAGCAGUCAUGUAACUGGGGAGCUGUGAUGGUCGUAAGUGUGAGGACUGAUUAAAGACACCUUUUCAGCACCUUUUUUAUUUCAAACGGAUAUUAAACAAAUGGUCAAAAGUCCCUGUAUACCAGUAAUCCCAGUAAUCCAGCUUGUCUCAAGUUUUCCAAUUUGUUCCAAACAGUAAUUGCUUGGAACUAUUUUCCACUAGAUGGCGAACUGCACCUAUAAAUCCUCCAACAUGGAAUAAUUCAACCUAUGGAACAACUAUCAAAUAUUGGUAAUAAUGUUGAUAUUGCUCAUAGUUGUUGGGAGUGGGAUGCAAAACUGCAUAUAUGGAUAUAACACAGAAAUAAUUAAAAAUGAUUGCUUGAUAAAAGGAGAAGAUGCACAAAUAUUAAAAAAAUAUUUUUGCAACAACAGAAUAGCAUGAUAAACAAUAGUCUAAAGCUUGAACUAUGUACAUGUACCUAGUUCAUAGGCCAACUUUAUCAGAGAGCAUAGAGGGGUGAUCAUUUCAAACAUAGUAGCCCAAUGUGUGAACUUUUUUAGCUGAGGGACAAUGAGUACAGACAAGUAAUAAUAUUUUUUUUGCAAUUACUCAAGCAAUUACUUCAUAGAUGAAAUAUUAAUACACUGUUACAUUUACAUCAAGUUCCGCAAGAGUCAGCAAAACUUUUAUAAGAGAAUAUUCCUUUACUCAGGGACUUGACAUGUCUUGGUUUUGACUUAACAUAUCGUGUGAACCUGGGCAGAUAUGAUCAUACAGGUAGCAUAAAAUAAUUUUAUGAAUUGGUUAUAAAAAACAGAUGUAAAUGAGUAGUUUUACAGUAGAAAGCAAUCUCAAGCUGUCUAUUUUGAAUGUCAUCAAAGGAAGAAUACAAUGUUAUUUAUGGUUAUUUUUUUACUGAGGAGAGUAGGAAGUUGUGUGAAUGUUCAGUCUCAGGUUCAAAUACCAUUAUCAGCCUUAGAUAUUACACAACUCUGAGGCAAAUAAUCACUUAAGGAAGCAAAAUGCAUUAAACCAGCUCUAGCAAUGCAGAAAUUUUAUUAAGAACAUGAAAAAGGAUACGAAAACCAAGUCGGGGGAAAAUGCACCCACAAAAGACAGCAUAGCUCUUUUCAAAACAAAGUGAAAAGAGCUUCAGUGAUCAGUGGUAAUCACAUAUUGAAAAAGUGGAAAUCAAAAUGACAAGGCGAAGUGACCAUACACAUUGAUCAGAAUGUAACAGCGGCAACAAGAAAUCUAGCAAUAGUUGCAUUAGAAAAAAUGGCCGUGUUAUUUGGUUUUGAUCAACCCAAAUGGAGACAGCUUUGCUGACAGGUUUACCCUGCUAUAGCACAGGAAUAAUACUAGGAGGAAGGAGGAAGAGGAGUAGGAGAAGAAAGAGAGAGAGAAAAAUAGAAAAAGAAAGAAAGAAAAAAAAUAUUCAGAGGAGAGAUAAAAGAAGAUCCUGGAAUAACUGGUCUGUUUGUGGAAGCCAUCCCCCAACUAGCUGUAGCUAUCACAAAAAUUUGAAUGGGAUGGAGUUACAGGGGAUGGAGCAAUUUUGUAUUGCUCCAAUAUGUUCUGUUACUGGCAGCUAAAAAAAAAGAGAGAGAGAAAUGUGACUGCUGUUUUGAUCCAGUAAAGCAGGGGUGUCAAACUCACGUCAUCACGGCAGCAUCACAUAGCAUAUCGGGACUUCUCCCCCCUUUGCUAAACCAGGCAUGGGCGUGGCCAGCGCAUGACACAUCUGGCCCAUGGGCCAGGAGUUUGAUAGCCCUGUAGUAAAGCUACUUGCAUUUGAAUCUGCGUGUUUGAGAGCCACAUUGGUGUAGUGUUUAAGGCAGGGGUGUCCAAACUUGGUCCCUUUAAGACUUGUGGACUUCAACUCCC